UGCGUCGCCAGACCACCCCACUACUCUCCUCUGCAUGGGGAAGAGACCGCCGUUCGACGUGGAGGCGGGUCCCCAAAAGUCGCGACCGCCACGACCACCUCCGCCACCGUUGCCUCCGGCUCCGGAGCCCUGGAUGCCGUGGCUUGUCCCCCUCAUCUUCCUCGCUAAUCUCGUCGUCUUUGCUUAUUCAUUGUACAUAGACAAUUGUCCUUCUGUGCACGUACCUCACAAAUGCCUUCUCUACGAUUUUCUCGGCAGGUUUUCCUUCCAACCCUUCAAGGAAAAUCCUCUUUUUGGACCUUCAAUGUCUACGCUGAGAGAUCUAGGAGCACUUGACCAGGGACUUGUACAAUCAGGUCAAGCAUGGCGUCUUUUGUCUUGCAUUUGGCUCCAUGCCGGACUUAUUCAUUUGCUUGCAAAUAUGUUGAGCCUCCUAUUCAUCGGAAUCCGGCUUGAGCAAGAAUUCGGAUUUUUGAGAAUUGGACUUUUGUAUGUGAUUUCUGGCUUUGGUGGAAGUUUGAUGUCUUGUCUUAACCAAAAAAGGGAAAGAACAACCAUAUCAGUUGGAGCAUCUGGUGCACUAUUUGGUCUGCUAGGAGCUAUGCUAUCUGAGCUCAUCACAAACUGGACUAUCUACGAAAACAAGUGUGCAGCACUUACCACCCUUAUUUUGAUUAUCGGCCUAAAUUUGGCUGUUGGUUUCGUCCCACAUGUUGAUAAUUCGGCACAUAUUGGCGGAUUCCUCACAGGAUUUCUUCUUGGAUUUGUCCUUCUAGUCCGUCCUCAAUAUGGGUAUGUAAGCCGCAAGCAGAUUCCCGCUGGGUAUGAAGUCAAGCGCAAGAAAUCCAAGUACAAGUGUUAUCAGCACAUAUUGUGUGUUACCGCUCUCGUAAUCUUAAUUAUAGGGUACUAUUCUUGCUCUUUUACCACCUGCAAAAACUUCGUGGUAAUACUAAUUCUUACAAGUUUACCCAACUUCUGCAAUUUGGCAGGUUUGCACUUGGAUUACAGCGCGCACUCCAUUCCCAUGAAACUGUAAAAAUUGUAUCAUACUUUUAAAGAACUUCAAUUAGAAGACUGUUCAUAUCCGUUUGACUGCCCUCAUCUUCAUGAAAAGUAAGGGUAACACCAGAUCAUCAUAAUCCAUAGUAUGCAUCUCAUUAUACUUAUAUCUAAUCAGUUAUAUGUGCUAAUUCGAUAUGGAUGCAGGUUUUUAAUUUUGCAAAUAACUAGAUGCUAGAUGUAAGCUAAUGGAUAUAUUCUUUAUUUCAGAAAUUUUUCUGGUCUAUUCUCCCUUCCAAGUCAUGUAACUGCUGCUCUAGUGCGGGAAUACAGAAACAGAAACCUGAAUGGCAAAAGCAUCUAUAGACAGGAAUAUGUUUUAACUUGCUAAGAUUAAUAUUUAUCCUCUAGUAGCACUAUCUAAAGAAACAUAGAAAACGGUGUUAAACUACAGCUGUUAUUUUAUUUAAACUUCUCCUCCCAUCUUUUACAAAAGGCAAGAGUUGUAAAGUUGCAUCAUCACAGGAUUGUUUGCAGAAGAUACGGAAAUUGAUUUGUGUUUGCUCUGUUUUAUAUGUAUUACAGCAUACUUCUGUCAA